AUGGCUUUCUAUGGAUACAAUGGUGAUGUCGGUGAGUGCAAUUGGACUUCCUCUGAUUCUGAAUUUUAUAAUUCUUCUUCCUAUUAUGAUUCUUCGGUAACUCGAUCACAAGUGAAUUACUCUGUUUAUGAUAUACACGAGCCUGAUUUGAUCCAAUACGAGCCCAUUCAGUAUUAUGAAAACGUGCCUAAUUUGAUCCCAUAUGAGCCGAUUGAAUAUUAUGAUUCUUCUUCAUCUUCUUCCAAUUACUAUGAUGGUUUUGAAUCUCGAUUUGAUUCAAAUUACUCAGUCUAUAGUUACAGUGAGCCUAAACUUGUUCAGUACGAGCCUCCUCCUUAUGCUAGGGUUUCUUUUUCAUCUGCGACAAAAUCCCGAGUUUAUAAUUCUACUGAAGAAUUCAAUGAAAUUGAUGAAUUUGAUAAAUAUGAUCCAACUCCUUACACACCGCCAAUACUAGGAAGCCGUUGUUAUGGCAGCCCCCUUCCUCCGUCCGAUCAAAUCUGUUAUCCUCGUUCGACUCCACAAUCCGAAGGUGCAGCUUUGGAAGGUUUCUCAUAUAACUCAAUUCCUUCUCCUUAUGGGGAAAACGAUAAACAAAUUGCAAUCAAAACUGAUCCACAACCCCAGGGUGAAAAUGUAGACAAGAUUGACUUAGAUGGUGUGGGCAGUGAAAAAGUUGGAGAAUUACCUGAUCCACAACUCCAAAGUGAAAAUGGAGAUAAGAUUAACAUUGAUGAUGUUGGCAGUGAAAUUGGAGAAUUAGGCAUGAACAGAGGAGAUGAAUUGCCUCCAUACAACCAUAAUAAUGGAUUUGAGAAUGGGCAAAUUGGGAGACAAUUUCGUCAAAUUCCAUAUGGUUCUGGUUUGGAAUGUAUGGAUCUUUGUGAAAGUUUAUUUGGAUACUGGCCUUGCCUAGCCAAAAGAGAUCAGAAAAUGAAUGAAAUUUGCCCAGUUUGUGAUCAUGGAGGAAGAAGGAAUCCAUGGGAAAGUGCUGCAGAUUAUCUGUUCGGUACACCAUUAGCUUAUGAUGAGAGGAAUGAUGGAAGAUACCAGGAGAAUGUGCAUAACUAUGGAGGUUAUUAUAAUGUGCAGCAGCCUCAAUAUGAAAGUUCAUGGCUGCAUUAA